AUGGCUGAGUCACUAGCAGCAUUCCGUGACCGUAGGUCGAAAGAUCUCCGUCAGCUGGCAGAGGAGCAUCUGCAACAUGACCUCAACCAACAAGACCGCGAAGUACUCAAAAGUGCAGGUGGGAAGGUGUCGAUGCACGCUGGUUUCGCGUCGGCAGUCGGACUGGGUCUGGGAAUCUACACAGCAUAUCGACUGCGAAGCAUGCGCCUUGCGUACUUCAAAGCUUUCCGCGCUAUGGAGAAGCCCGUAGAAGUACGCUUCGCUGACGGCCGUACCGAGCCUGUUCCAGACAUCACAGCACAGAUCUCCGGACCUUCGCGCUGGGGUGAUGCAGCGACCUACUUCCUCUUUUCUGUUGGCGGUCUCUUCCUUGGAGGCGAACUGGGUCUUUUGACAGGUACAGCAAGCGCAGCAAGGACCGUGACCAAAGACCCGGACAGCAAGGAGAGGAUUGAGAAGGCGUUUAAGAAUUAUCGGAUCGAUGUGUUGCAGAGGGAGAUUGAGCAGCUGAAGGGCAAGAGUCGAUUUGAAGAGUUCUUUAGCGGUGGUUCGUCUAGUGCAUAG